AUGUUAGAAAUUUGUAAAAUUUUAAAAGAACGUGCUAAAUCAAUUGCAUAUCGAUCAAUUCCUCAAAUUAUCAUCGGUCCUACAUUAGAUGCGCGUUCAUUCCCAGAAUUAAAAAGUUUAUACACCGAAAAAUUUACAUAUAAAAAGUUAUGUUUUGCGAAAUCAAUAUUUAAUAAACUUUAUAUUAACGGUUUUAAUGAAUUAAAGAAAAUUGCAAAUGAUGUUAAAGCAGACAUGUUCAUAUGUGGUUAUAAAUUCAAUGAACCUUGCUUUGAUUUGGCAUGGAAAUUAAAAAAACCUGUUGUUUCAAUUGGAACUUCUAUGAAUCUUAAUAAAUUAAAAUAUCGAAUUUUUACACAUAUUUUAGCAUUCACGAUGCCAUUUUAUAAAUCUGAUCCAAUUCUUGGAUGCAAAUCGAAUAUGGAAAAUGAACCAUUUUAUGAAAGAUUUCGAUGUUCCUUAAUCAUGCCUUUAGUUCUAUUUUGGAAUGUUAAGGAUGUAUUAGAUGAUUUAAAUUAUUAUAGAGCUAAAGUUGGUGUGAAACCUACUUAUAGUAUUUUGGGUGGCAAGAAUGUUUUAUUUUUGGUUAAUAAUUUCUUUGGAUUUGAGACACCAUUCGCCGUGCCUCCACUUCAUCAAGAAAUUGGACCAAUCUUACCAGAUAUUUAUCCAGAUUUAUCACCAUCACUUUCUGAAUUCCUUGAAACUCAUCCUAAAACAAUGUAUUUUACUCUUGGAACUCAAGCAUAUACUACUCCUCAAAAUUAUAUUAUUUUAUUACAAUCUUUUAUCGAAUUAAUUAAUCAAAAUAUUCUUGAUGGUAUAAUUUGGUCUACCGUUAAAACUGAUAUUUCUGAAUUACCUCCUUUUAUUACUCUUUCUUCAAAUAUUUCUAUCCCUACUUCUAAUAUAUUAAAUAAUUUAUUUCCAAAUAUUUUUGUUACAAAUUUUGCUCCUCAAUUUGCUUUAUUAUCUCAUAAACAUUUAAGAGUUUUUUUAAGUCAUGGUGGUUCUAAUAGUUGUCAUGAAUCAAUGUAUACUGCUACUCCAAUGUUAUUAUUUCCAAUAAUAGAUGAUCAAAAUAGUAAUGCCGAAAAAUUGGAAGAUGCUGGUAUGGCUUUAAGACUUUCUAGAUUUAAUUUGGAUGUUAAUGAUAUUAUAUUCAAAGUUAAGAGAUUAUUAACUGAUGAAACUUUUAAAAUGAGUGCAAAAAGAAUGCAAAUUUUAGCAAAAAUUAAUAGUAAAAGAAAAUAUAGAGGUGCUGAUUUAAUUGAGGUUGUAUUAAAUUCGGUAAAAUAUAGAGGUAAUAAGAGUGAUAAUGGUGAAUGGAAUGUUGAUAAUAGUAUUUUAUUAAAAGAUUUAAUUACUCCAGAUACGAGAAUGGGUUUUAUUAAAGGAAAUUAUUUUGAUGUUUUAGCUUUUGCAUUAAUUAUUGUUAUAAUCUUAGUUGGUGCUCUUGGUUACGGUAUUUGGAAAUUGAUUUAUUUGGUUGGGAAAUCUGUUGGGAAAUUAAUUAGCGUUAAGAAUUAUGCAUAUUUAAAAUCUAAAAAAGAACAAUGA